CUUGACUUGAGACUUUCCAGUCUAGACUUUGGACUUGACUCGGGGCUUGCCUGUCUUGACUCGGGACUUGACUCGGACUUGAGGGCAAAGACUUGAGACUUACUUGUGACUUGCAAAACAAUGACUUGGUCCCACCUCUGCCAAUUAGACAGUCACACUCCCUGUCACUCACUAAAUGUGCUCUAUGCGGGAGCUCACUGCACCUCUGUGCAGAAUGUUCCAUCCUGAAAAAUACAAUUAUGAUAAAUAAACUCCAGUCAAGCCAACUUCAUUUAUUCAAAACAGACACUACCUUGAGACAAUUUAGCAGAACCAUGCUGCUAACACUUAUAGGACAACCAACUGGAGCCAAGACUCACACCAUCCCAAAAAAUCUUGACUGUUGAUUAUUUUCUUUAAGUAGUACCCCUUGUUGAUGAUAUUUGCAUUGGUUUUCAUAGGCGAUUGCAAAAGAAAAAGCAUUUCUAGCAUUAAAUGUGUUUUACUAAACCCAGCUGUGACCUCUCUUGGUAAGCCUACUCCUCAUCUCUUUGGUGAAAGUGUCAUUAAUAAUGUAGCAGAGUGUAAUGUAACCCAGAGAUACAUAGGACAUAAGAACGAGAUGGCGUCUUUGAGCGUGGAAGAAGCUGUGAGUAUUAAUAUAUAUAUAUAUAUUUUCUUUUACAAUAUGACUGAUUUUUCUCUGAACGUGUUUAUUUCUGCAGGUGUUAAAGAGUGAAGCAGUGAAAGUGGGCAUUGUACUAAAUACAAUCCCAGGAGGGAAUGAGAGUGUCUUCAUUCAUGAAGAUGGACAACAUGUGGAGUACAUAUCAAAAGAUGAGAAACUGCAGUCCUUCUCAUUCCACCAAGCUGUGACUAUAGACAACAUGCAGAGGUGCCAGCAGAAGCUUCUGCAGCCUCUUGCUGAGUCCGUAUGCGGAGGCUACAGUGGGUCGCUGCUCCUAUGUGGAGCCUCCACGGAGAACAUCUGCACUCUCAUUGACCAUGACGUCAUUAAGCAGGUGUUGACAAACGUGCUGAGGCAUGUGAUGUCAAAAGUGAAGAAGGAGCUGUUCAUCUCCGUGUCCUUUCUUCAGUUUAACCCAGACGGGGCUGGUGUGGACCUCCUGAGCCCUGACACCAACACGCUGGGUCUUGUCCGUCAUCCAGUCCUGGGAGGUGUUGUCAGAGAUUUAAGCGAGGUGUGCGUGGAUUCUGCGGAGGAGGCCUACACGUUGUACAAAACAUGCAGGGAAGCACAGGAGGCCAAUGAAGCGUUACGCAGCUGCUGUUCAAUACUCUUCACAAUGACGGUGGAGUGGAAAGUCCACGCAGGUGAGGUGGACUUGCAGUUAUGCCGCAGCAGGCUACAGCUGUUCAACCUGGUGGGAGGAGCCUGCAAGACUGACCCCACAGGGGUCAACCCACUGUUGGCGGCCGUGGAUCAAACGCCAGGCGAAGUCAUGAAAACACACCCGCUCUUGCCUUGCCUGCUACGUGACGCACUAACAGGAAGUAGCAGGACCACUCUCAUCUACUUCAUCCAACCCCAAGGUGACAUGGACGGCGAGACUCUGUCUGCUUUGUCUCUGGCUGAAAAAGUCCAGCGCCUGUCAACAAAGGCCGCGGCGGCGCGCUGCUGGCGUCCUCGUGAAGCGGAGCGAGAGAUCCGAGGCCGCGUUACGACGCUGAGACGCGAGAUGAUGGCGGAGGCAGGAAGUGAGGCGUGUGAUGACACACUCAGGCUGGCUGAGCUUGUACAAAACCUGCAGAUUGUCAAAGACCAGGCAUGGGAGAGGAGGAGGAAAGAAUCAGAGGGGAUUCAAUUUAAGCUUGGUCGCAGCAGAAAGAGUUCGGACACCGUGAUAGGCUUACAGGAAGAGCUGAGGCAGGAAAUGGAAGCCCACAUCAAAGAAGACAGAGAGAGUGUUGAAAAAGUCCAGGAGCGAAUAACAAAGAUCCUGCAAGUGAGGGAAUCUCUCCGAGAGAAGAAGACAGCUGCAAUUAAGUGUGACCUCUGCCUGCAACAGCUGGAAGGGCGCCAUGCACACGGGCGUAGGAGGCAAGUGAAGGAGCUCGGCGGGAGAUUAAUUCAGCAGGAGGUGGAGAAGAUGGAGAAAGACUUGGCAAAAGAGCAGCUUCCAAGCUUUGGAGCGCAGAGAGAUCUGCUGGUGCUGAGCAGAGAGAGGCAGGUUCUGGUGCUGCAGGUGGAGGCCCUGAGAGCUGAGGCCCAGCAGGCCCAGAAAGACCUGCAGGACCAGAAUGAAGGGCACCAAAGUGAGAUGCAUCAGCUGAGGGAAGAAAGCCUGCAGGUGUUGAGGAGGUUCCAUGAGUCAAGCGAGGAUGUGAGGAGGAUGUCAGAGGUGAGAUACAGAAGUGUGCUCCUGGAGGCGGUGCAGGAUGCGGUCUAUCUAUCUGCUCAGAACCAGCAGCUGCAAGCUGACAACAAACAACUGCUUCACGCUCUGGGAGAGUUGAAGGACACACUAACCAAGAGAGGUCUUCACACCUCUGCAUUUUCCUUAAAACAUGACUGACAUGACAUGAAUGACCAUAAACAUUUUCAUAUCUUUUAAUUAGGCUAGCACUCGCUUAUCAUUUUAAU